AUGGAAGAGGAAGAAAGUAUAAGUACAAAGUGCCUGUUUUGCACUUUUUCAUCCAGUAACAAGACCAGUCUGCUAAAGCAUCAACUUUCUCAUCAACAUGAUCCAACGUUUAGGGUUGUGUGUUCCCUCUGUACGUCCAAGUUUAAGUCUGUCAAGGCUCUACAAAAACACCUUGUGAGCCUACACAAGAAAAAGCUUUCCAUGACUAAACAGCAUAUAGAGGAACCAACAGUAUCAACAGUUGCGGACGAUGCUGAUACUGACAGUGAAGUUGAAAUCGAUCAGGACAUGUCAUUCUACUUCAAUGAAGUUGCUGACUCUUCAUUGGAUGCCUCAUUGGAAGAUAAUGCUCCUCUACCGGAAGAAAUCUUACAACAGAAAGCUCAUGCUUUCCUUUCAAAUAUAAGGGAUAAAUGUGUGUCACCACAGACAAGUAUAGAUCAAAUUGUGAAAGGAAUGGAAGAUUUGAUGGUUCACUACAAUCUUGUUCUAGAGACUAAACUGUUAGCAUGUCAAACUCAGGACAUUAUCACAGCCAGUGAAGUGAAAUCUGUGUUUGAAAAUCUAAGGGGGCAGUCUUUAUUUGAAGGACUGCAGACAAGACAAAGGCAGAUAGCCUUCAGAAAAUACUACCUCACCUCUCUGGAGCCAAUUCUCAUCAGUACAAAGAAUGAACCUAAAUUAUUAGACAAAAGUGGUUUUAAAGUAGUUCCUGUCGUUCAAGGGUAUGCAUCCCCAUUUCUUCAAGUGUUAGAGGUUCUUCUUCAGUGUGAAGAUAUUCUGCACUGCAUCCAAAACCCUUUGAAAUCAGAAGAUGGCAAGAUUAGAUACCUAGCUGAUGGUUAUAUGUGGCAGUCACAUCCUGUGCUUGUCAAGGAUCCCUGUUCUAUUGUGAUUGUUGCAUAUGGUGAUGACCUAGGACCAGGUGAUGGCCUUUCUUGCAAGGGUUCGCACCUUCAAUUAAGAUCUUUUACAUGGACUAUAGGAAAUAUUUAUCCCUGGUUGCGAUCGACUCUCAAAUCCAUCAAUUUGUUAUCCCUCUGUACAAAGAUACGAAUGGACCAAGGAAAUAGGCCAGCUCUGAAAGAUUUUAUUGCAGGGAUCAAUAAGCUGUCUACAGAAGGAGUGGUCUUCAAUAUAAAAGGAAAACCUACUAAGUUCCAUGGAUGUUUGCUGUUCGUGUGUGGCGACACUCCUGCCAGUGCCAACUUUGCUGAAAUGCUGAGCUCCAUGAAAAUCACUUGCAAGAAAUUUAUUCUGGGAAUGCUGCUAAUGAUGACAGUUUUACGGAUUCUGACGAACAAGAUGUUGAAGAGGAUGCUUUAUCUAUGAAUCCAUCAAUGCGCUAUGGUGUCAACAGUAGGAGCUGUUUUAUGGAAGUUAAAUACUUUGAUGUAACAAAGGCUUUC